GCGGCGCCGGGAUGACCAAGAUCAAGCGGGACCCCGAGGCCUGCGCGGAGGAGGAGGCGGCGCCGUUGCCGCCGGACACUCCCGGUGGGGAGCGCACGUACCAGGAGCUGCUCGGGAACUUAAAUCCCAUCGCCCAACCGCUCGCCUCCCGCCGCCUCACGCGGAAACUCUACAAAUGCAUCAAGAAAGCCGUGAAGCAGAAGCAGAUCCGGCGGGGGGUCAAGGAAGUUCAGAAAUUCAUCAACAAAGGCGAAAAGGGGAUCAUGGUUCUGGCCGGCGACACUCUGCCCAUCGAGGUGUACUGUCACCUCCCUGUCAUGUGUGAGGAUCGGAGCCUGCCCUAUGCCUACGUCCCCUCCAAAACGGAUUUGGGAGCCGCGGCCGGUUCCAAGCGCCCGACGUGCGUGAUCAUGAUCAAGCCCCACGAGGACUACCAGGAGGCGUACGACGAAUGCUUGCAAGAAGUGGGCUCCCUUCCCCUCCCGCUGUAACGGACCCAUCCGGGCGGAGGCGAGGGGCUUGCCGCCAAUGGCACCAAGCGAAUCGCUGAGGGAGCGGGAUUUUCUUUCUUGGACUGGGACAAUAUGGCGUCACCGAGCUGAGGGGGACCGCUUUGGGACUGGGCCCCAAAAUAAAGAAGAUUCUGAAGUUCA